AUGCAGCGCCCUCAAACGUACGGCCAGUCGCCUCCCCUGCAUCACCCCGUACCCCAGCAUGUCUCGACGGUUCCUCAGUUGCGCUCGCCUCCCCCGCCGGUGUCGCAGACGCAAUCGCAGCAAAGCUACGGAAGCCCGUACCAACAACAGGGAGGCUCGAGCGGGAACGUCUUCGGCGCAUACGGACAGUUCAUGAACGACCCUACGGCACAAGUUGCGGCGCAAUUCGGACAAACGGCUUUCAAGCAUGGACAAGAAUACAUGGAGCAGAACUUCAACCGUUACGUUAACGUCAACGCGCUGAAGCACUACUUCAACGUCUCCAACUCGUAUGUCAUCAAUAAGCUAUUCCUCGUGCUCUUCCCUUGGAGGCACAAGCCCUGGUCGCGCAAGCAGUCUGUGGGACCCAGCGGCCAGGAAGGAUGGUACCUGCCUCCGCGCGACGACAUCAACAGCCCUGACAUGUACAUCCCCGUCAUGGCUGUCGUGACGUACAUCCUCCUCUCGACCCUCAUCGCCGGUCUUCGCGGCCAGUUCCAGCCAGAACUUCUUGGAUACACUGCCUCGACGGCUCUGGUGAUAGUUGUUGCCGAGAUUAUGGGCUUGAAGCUGGGUUGCUAUCUAUUGGGUAUCUCGAACGAUUCGCAACUGUACGACUUGAUCGCGUACUCGGGCUACAAGUUUGUCGGAAUCAUCGUUACGGUUGCGGUGGCCGAGAGCUUCAACGCGGGUAAGGGUACUGGUGGUUGGAUUGGCUGGUCGGUAUUCAUCUACACGUUCCUGGCCAACUCCUUGUUCCUGAUGCGAUCCUUGAAGUACGUGCUGCUUCCCGAAAACGCGGCGAACGGCGCUGGCCCUAUGCAGACCGGCGACUCCCGAGCUAAGCGCAACCAGAGGACGCAGUUCCUGUUCUUUUACUCCUACAUUGUCCAGCUGCUGUUCAUGUGGGUUCUGUCCAGACCUUGA